GCUCCCAGUUCUGGCUGUCCUGUGGUAUUUCCUGCCACAGGCUCGCAGACAGCUGUAAGGCUGCGAGAUGCUAAUACUUGUGGGAAGCUUGUGCUCUUAAUCUCUUCCAAACAAACUAUUUCCCCGGCGACCUGCACCCCAGUUUUCGGCGUUUUUCUUUCGCUCCGUCUGUCCAGCGACAGAGAGACGAGAGGACGUUCCGACAGCGACAGGGAAGGAGGAAAGGAUAUAGUGGAGAGUGAGGGGGAGGGGUUUUCUAACCACCCUGUCCGAGGAGGCUGAGACAUUCCCCCAGCAGCAGCUGAAGUGAGCUCCCGUUCUCCCCCCAACCCCAUUGACUUUUGACCGACAACAUGACUGUCGAAUCAUCCGUGAAACGGAUCUCUUGGGCCUUCCCGGUAUCCGAGGGUCAUCUUAAAAGAACUGGGAUUUAAAGCAGUUUGCGGCCGGCUGCAGCGCUGCAUGUUGAAGUGAGAUGCCUUCCAUGUUGCAAGAGAAAACACAUGCCAUGAUGGAGGAUCAAGUGCUGCGGCGGAGGUUUUCUCUCUGCACUGGAUUGGCAACACCACAGAAAAUUGACCCUCGUGAAUUCACCCGAAACUCAUCUUUUGGUGGAUACAAUGAAAUAUGUCCCUUAACUCCAGGUAAUGAAAUAGAAAAGAAUGGAUUUUCGGCUCUGAACUAUGAGGUCACUUCAACACCCAUCUCCAGUAGUAAGUCUGAUUCCAAACUAUACAAUGGCUGCGACAAAGAUGGGAUAUCUUCGAUCUCUAAACUCACAAAGAAAGAAACCUUGAAGGUUCAGAAGAAAAAUUACAGACAGGAGAAGAAGAGAGCCAGUAAGGAGAUGUUCAGUGCUUUAAAAGACCCUGCCGUGGUGGUAAUGGAGGACUGGCUGAAGAUCCGUGGUACUCUGAAGAGCUGGACCAAGUUCUGGUGUGUGCUCAAACCAGGGGUGCUGUUAAUUUACAAAACACCCAGCAAUGGCCAGUGGGUAGGAACCAUCCUUCUCAACACGUGUGAGCUCAUUGAAAGACCCUCCAAAAAAGAUGGCUUCUGCUUCAAACUGUUCCAUCCUCUGGAUCAGUCCAUUUGGGCAAUGAAGGGUCCAAAAGGUGAGAAUGUGGGAUCGAUAACACAGCCUCUACCCAGUAGUUACCUGAUCUUUCGAGCAGCCUCUGAGUCCGAUGGUCGAUGUUGGAUGGAUGCUCUCGAAUUAGCUCUGCGAUGUUCAAGUCUUCUCAAACGUGGCACAAUUAAGGACAGCAAGGAUGGUUAUCUGAACAGCUCAGUUGAUGCAACUCACCCAGGACUAUCUGGUCUGAUACAAGGCUUCAGUCCAACGCAUCAGGAGCUCUCCCAUGAUGUUGAAUUUGUAAAUCAGGAUUACUACAAAGAUGCUGAUAUAUACUCUUACAAAACAAACCAAGAGAGUGACUCUCAUCUGGAAGAUCUAGAGAACGGCACAAACGACAAGAGCAGCAGGAGUGAGGAAAGUGACACAGAUCUGUCUGAAAUCCAAGAAGAAAUGGCCAUGAAAGAUUUAGUGGAAUCAACUUACCUGGCAGAAAGUUCAGAGGAGUUUGAAGAAAUUGGUGAAAGUACUGAGACUGAAGCAGUGACUGAGGAAAACAAGAGUCUGAUGUGGACCGUGCUGAAGCAGCUCCGACCUGGAAUGGACCUCUCUCGAGUGGUCCUACCAACUUUUAUCCUGGAGCCUCGCUCAUUUCUAGACAAGUUGUCUGACUACUACUUCCACUCAGACCUCCUCUCCCAAGCUGCUCUGGAAGAGAAUGCCUACAGUCGCAUGAAACAGGUGGUGCGAUGGUACCUAUCUGGCUUUUACAAAAAACCAAAGGGUCUGAAGAAACCAUAUAAUCCAAUCUUGGGAGAAACCUUUCGUUGCUACUGGUACCAUCCUAAAACUGACAGCCGUACCUUCUACAUAGCAGAGCAGGUAUCCCAUCAUCCUCCAGUUUCUGCCUUUUACAUCAGUAACAGGAAGGACAAUUUCUGUAUCACUGGUUCUAUCCUGGCCCGCUCCAAGUUCUAUGGGAACUCACUUUCUGCCAUAUUGGACGGGCAAGCACAACUUCGGUUUCUCACUAGAAAUGAAGAUUAUACCAUCACCAUGCCAUAUGCGCACUGUAAAGGGCUAUUGUAUGGAACACCGACCCUGGAAAUGGGUGGGAAGAUAACCAUUGAGUGUGAAACAACCCAGUACAAGGCAGAACUCGAGUUCAAACUGAAGCCUUUCCUAGGAGGCAAUGACAACGUGAAUCAAAUUACAGGGAAGAUAUCACUGUGUGAGGAGGUACAGGCCACGCUGCAAGGGCACUGGGAUCGGGAGGUUUUUAUUCAGGAGAAAAAAACUGGAAUACCUGUUACAUUCUGGAAUGUCACAAGUGAGAUUCGGAAAGAGCGUCUAGUCCGUCAUAUUGUGUGGUUGGAGGAGCAGGGUGAAUUUGAGUCUGAAAGGCUCUGGCAGAGGGUGACCAGAGCAAUAAAGAACCAUGAUCAGGAACAGGCUACACAGGAGAAGUUUAUUCUGGAGGAAGCACAACGCAAAACUGCCAAAGAGCGUAAAGAACAAUGUCAGGAUUGGGUGCCAAGACUCUUCCAACAGGACGAAGCAACAAAGAAAUGGAAAUACAAGUUCACUGAUACCUGUCCCUGGGACACAGCAAAUGAUAUCAUCCAGUUUGAGAAAGAUGGAAUUGUGCAGACAAGAGUCCGACACAAAUUACUGACAGCAAAGUCACUGAACAGCAACGGCACCAGAAGUCAAAUUGGGCAACAGGUCCAAGUUCAGGAAUGUGUUGGGUGCAAAAACAGUGAUCUUCCGAUACCCAACAGAUCGCAGAACACAGAGAGCAGUUGUUCAACACCAGAACCAGUACAAGAUGACUCGUCUGAUGACAGGUUGCUGUGUCCCAGGUGCAGAGAAGGAAUGAAUGAGCUAACAAAUAUUCAUACAGCAAUUCAAUCCAUUCAGAGAACACAGCAAGAAAUUCACAGGAAUCUCGCUGCACUUAACCAGCACACUUGUCACAAGCAAUACAUCUCAUGGACCAGGCUUCUGUACCCACACUUGUGGCUUGUUAUCUGUGUACUUGUAUCAUUCCAACUACUCAUCAAUUACUUUAAUGGGUGAGCAGUGAUCACUUUUAAGUGUAUUGCAGACUAUAAACAAGAUCCUAUUGGGGAAGAACGCAGAAUUUCCAUGGCAUUAAGUGGGCUAUCGGGUAUCCUUCAGCCAAUUUCCAAGGAGUGAGAUGCUAGGAAAAAGAACUGAAUAAUUGAAAAAAAAACUGAAUAUUUGAACUUCUUCCAGUUAAAUCUUGUUGUGGGUGGGGUUGUAUCUAUGGGUACAUUUUCUGCACACCCCAUCUCCAAGGAGAAACCAACCCCAAGUAGGCCUUAAUGCUGAAGCCAAAUAAAACUUCCAAAAUGUGCAUCCCUUUCCUUCCUCUUUUCAUCUUUCUAAUACAAAGCAAUUUAGAAUGCUUCUUCCCAAAAUUAUUUAUAAACUAUAGAUGGUAAUAUUUGUGGUGUCUGGUUUGUAUAUUCUUUAAAAUAUAAAUUUUGACACUUCGCUGCACUCGUGGGUGUUCCUUUCAGUCUGCUCUACCCCCAGGGUAGUCCCUAUUUAAAAUAACAAUGUAAAGAUCUGUUGCACCCUCUUGUGCACCUUGCCCUAAAUAGGACUAAGUUCAAAUGUCCCUAAGCAUAACACUGCAGGGUAUUGUAGGUUGAAACAGAAAUGCCUCCAGGAUGGCAAAACCUAUAGUCAUGAACUGGCAGUUUGCUCCAUGUCUGCAAUAAAAUUUCACAUCUAUGACAUUCUAUGAAUGAAAUGUACAAUAUGUGUAA